UUUUAAAAACACAAAAAUAUUAACGGUGUAAUAAAAAGUUGUGAGAGCGGGGUUUUCGUUCAAUAAAUAUCUGUUGAACAUUUCCAAAAUUAAUUGGCGGGAGAGAAAACAACAAAAUGCAGACAACUUCCAAAACUAAAAUAUCAGAACUGCAGAUUAUUAUAAGCAAAAUGCCGCUGGAAGUGUGCUCUACUACUGUCCUGCCGGAGCUGGGUGUGCGUUGGCGCGAAGUAUCUCGGGCUGUUCGUAACGCCAGGUUGCCCAUGGCACCGACCAGUGUAGCACGAGUGCUGUGUAGACAUGUCGCAAGGGCUUUGACCCUGGAGGAAAUCGCUGAGAUUGUGUCUCGACUGCGGUUAAAAUUGAUAGCGACGCAACGACGUAACUGGCACGUGGUAAAGCUCUCCGACCAGUUAACGGAUGAGCCCGUCAACAUAUUAACGAGAGUGCUGCCGUCGAGGGUGAUGCAGGCACUGAAAGGGGUCAGAUCUGGUCGGAAUAUGAGGCCGGAGAUACAAACUGUUAAGCUGGGUGAUUUAAUAUACAUAAGUGUCCAAAUGAUAUCCGACAUCAAGGAAGGCGGUGUACUGUAUGUAGCAACUCCGCCUGGAGAGCCUGUAGCGUUAGUGAGCUCAUUACACAGUUCAUUAUUGAAGGCCUGUAUCCAAGGUCUUGGUUACCAGAAGUACGAAGACGCGAGUCUCAACGGUCACGAUAUAGGAUCCUUGCUGAGGAUAUUUAAUUCAAAUAACAACGAGAAUCCAGAUUUUCUCGCCAGGAUUCCCGAAUAUUCUAUCGCGCCGUGUCUAACGAGGUGCGGGAUAGACUUCACAGGGAGGAAGACUGAUGAAAAAUACACUGAUGAUGUACUGGGGCCGGACCCGCCGCGUCUAGAUAAACUGGUUGUCACGGCACAGAGGCGGUUCUUUGAUCCUGAAAGACUGAACAAGGAAAUGAGAAUAACAAUACAAUUGAAAAGUGAAGAUAUAGCGAAGACCUUGAAGUGCUGGGCUUCUAAAGGAGCUGUUUUGCCCACCUGCCAGCUGUUCCAGAUCUUCAACCAGACCAAAUCAAACAGAAUAAACAUUGACGCCAACGACGACUGACAUAAGAACUAAGAUAUACUACAACAAUUUUAACUUAAAUGUGCCAAAUUUCACUAAUUAAUUACAAUUUUUAUAUGAAUUUAAUAAAAUAUAUUAAGAUUA